GGAACCAAGGAUGGGCCCACGACGAUGCUAGAAGGAGGAGGAGGAGGAUGGGCAGUGCUGCACUUCGCUGUUUCUGCUAUGGCUGCCUCUUCACAUCCGUGACCUGGACGCUUCUACUUUUCAUUUACUUUAACUUCAGCGAGGAACAGCAAGGCUUCAGACAUGUGCCCAUCAAGGGGUUGGAGCCGUAUAAGCCUCUCCCUAAAAAAAUCUACCCUCGCUACUCCGCUGGGCAGCCUAUUGACUCUCGCAAGGGCCACAAUGGAAAUCAGCUGGAUACAGAGGCUGAAGCCAACGCAGACCUCUCCCCGGAAUUGGGCAUGAUCUUCAAUGAACAAGAUCAGGAUGUGAGAGACGUUGGUUACCAGAAGCACGCCUUCAAUCUGUUAAUCAGCAAUAGACUCGGCUACCACAGAGACCUGCCAGACACAAGGGACUCCAAGUGCUCCAAGAAGACUUACCCGGCUGAUCUGCCCCUGGCCAGUAUUGUUAUUUGUUUUUAUAAUGAAGCUUCUUCUGCCUUGCUGCGCACUGUCCAUAGCGUGUUGGACCGGACCCCAGCCCAGCUGCUCCAUGAGAUCAUACUAGUGGAUGAUAAUAGUGAACUAGAUGACCUGAAAAAGGACUUGGACUAUUACAUGCAAGAGAACCUUUCCAAGAAGGUGAAACUGGUGAGAAACAAACGGCGAGAGGGGCUGAUCCGUGGCAGGAUGGUCGGAGCAUCUCACGCGACAGGAGACGUACUUGUCUUCUUGGACAGUCACUGUGAGGUGAAUGAGAUGUGGCUGCAGCCCCUUCUUGCCCCCAUCAGAGAGAACCCCAAAACAGUGGUCUGUCCUGUCAUUGAUAUCAUUAGUGCUGAUACUCUAAUCUACAGCCAAUCCCCUGUUGUACGUGGGGGGUUUAACUGGGGCCUGCAUUUCAAGUGGGAUCCUGUUCCUCUGUCAGAGCUGGGAGGCCCUGAAGGAUUUACUGCACCGUUUAGGUCUCCUACCAUGGCCGGGGGUCUGUUUGCGAUGGACAGGGAAUAUUUCAACACACUGGGACAGUACGAUAGCGGCAUGGACAUCUGGGGUGGUGAAAACCUAGAAAUUUCUUUCCGGAUCUGGAUGUGCGGUGGCAGCCUGCUGAUCGUUCCUUGCUCCAGGGUCGGCCAUAUUUUCCGCAAGAGACGCCCAUACGGUUCACCCGGAGGUCACGAUACCAUGGCCCACAACUCCCUGCGCCUGGCACACGUGUGGAUGGAUGAGUAUAAGGAUCAGUACUUUGCUCUGAGGCCGGAGCUGCGGAACAGGGAUUUCGGGGAUAUCAGAGAUCGUUUGACGCUGAGGAAAAGACUGAACUGCAAAUCCUUUAAGUGGUACCUGGACAACAUUUACCCCGAGAUGCAGGUUUCCGGGCCCAACGCCAAGCCGCAGCCUCCAGUGUUCAUUAAUAAAGGCCAAAAGAGACCAAAAAUACUGCAGCGAGGCAGGCUGAUCAACAUGCAAACCAACAAAUGCCUCGUGGCACAGGGACACCCCAGUCAGAAAGGAGGAUUAGUGGUUGUAAAAGACUGCGACUUUAAUGAUUCCGAACAGGUAUGGAGUUACAAUGAAGAGCACGAGCUGAUCCUGAGCAACUUACUGUGCCUGGAUAUGUCAGAGACCCGCUCGUCUGAUCCUCCCCGACUUAUGAAAUGCCACGGCUCAGGGGGUUCCCAGCAGUGGGUGUUUGGGAAAACCAACCGUCUGUACCAGGUCUCUGUCGGCCAAUGCUUGAAGCUUGUGGAUCUGCUCAGCCAUAAAGGCUACGUUUCCAUGGCAAUCUGCGACGGAUCUGCUUCCCAGCAGUGGCACCUGGAGAACUGAGUCCCCAUUCCCUCGGCAUGAUGGGUAACAAGGUGAUGAGGCUUUACUUGCCCCCAAGCUGCUAUUUACUCUCACCCCUGUGCUCCAGUUCUGCCGAUUCCCUGUGCAUGGCAGUUGCUCCGUGAAGCCCACCAGCUGCCAGCAAGGUCCCAGGAGCCCCCCAGCACCCCGAGAGGUCGCACGCAGUCGCUGCAGGGGGAUACGAUUAGAGAGAUUUUAUGUUUCCUGAAACACUAUUUGACUUUUAUUUUUAAAAGAAAUAAUUUGAUCAUUUUUAUUUUUUUUUAAAGAAAUUUUUAGCUUUUUUUUUUUUUAAUGUAUUUUAAAUUGUAGCUCCUUUAAUUGUAAGUACAUCGGAGAGUUUUAUUUGACAGUGUUUUGUGUCAGUUGGUUUUAGCUACUGAGCACUCGCUACAGUUACAAGUCACUGCCUGUGCCCCCCUCUAAUAAACCCUUCUACCUUC